AUGCUCUUUCAGCAGCUUCAGAAACGAAACAUUGACCCCAUCUUCAUCAAAGCUGCCAUCUGUAAUUUUGCCGACAGCAUCAUAAACAUCAGGUCUUCCAUAAUCACUGUGCAAGAGGAGAUUCCAGCUGCCAAGCGACAGAGGACACUGGGGCCCGCAGAAAGACAUCGGAUUGCUAUUGAGCACAGCAGCAUCUACUCUGCUCCUCCAAGUACAGCAGCAUCUACUCUGCUCCUCCAAGCACAGCAGCAUCUACUCUGCUCCUCCAAGUACAGCAGCAUCUACUCUGCUCCUCCAAGUACAGCAGCAUCUACUCUGCUCCUCCAAGUACAGCAGCAUCUACUCUGCUCCUCCAAGUACAGCAGCAUCUCCCCUUCUCCUCCAAUCACAGUAGCAUCUCCUCUGCUCCUCCAGAGACACAGCAGCAUCUACUCUGCUCCUCCAAGCACAGCAGCAGCAUCUCCUCUGCUCCUCCAAGCACAGCAGCAGCAUCUCCUCUGCUCCUCCAAGCACAGCAGCAGCAUCUCCUCUGCUCCUCCAAGCACAGCAGCAGCAUCUACUCUGCUCCUCCAAGCACAGCAGCAGCAUCUCCUCUGCUCCUCCAAGCACAGCAGCAGCAUCUCCUCUGCUCCUCCAAGCACAGCAGCAGCAUCUCCUCUGCUCCUCCAAGCACAGCAGCAGCAGCAUCUCCUCUGCUCCUCCAAUCACAGUAGCAUCUCCUCUGCUCCUCCAGAGACACACAGCAGCAUCUACUCUGCUCCUCCAAGCACACAGCAGCAGCAUCUCCUCUGCUCCUCCAAGCACAGCAGCAGCAUCUCCUCUGCUCCUCCAAGCACAGCAGCAGCAUCUCCUCUGCUCCUCCAAGCACAGCAGCAGCAUCUACUCUGCUCCUCCAAGCACAGCAGCAGCAGCAUCUCCUCUGCUCCUCCAAGCACAGCAGCAGCAUCUCCUCUGCUCCUCCAAGCACAGCAGCAGCAUCUCCUCUGCUCCUCCAAGCACAGCAGCAGCAUCUCCUCUGCUCCUCCAGAGACACAGCAGCAUCUACUCUGCUCCUCCAGAGACACAGCAGCAUCUCCUCUGCUCCUCCAAGCACAGCAGCAGCAUCUCCUCUGCUCCUCCAGAGACACAGCAGCAUCUACUCUGCUCCUCCAGAGACACAACAGCAUCUUUGUAUAG